AUGCCUCAUCGUGAUGCAAAUGUGCACCGCAAGGUGGACCCUGAGGCAUCAUUGGUUCUUAUUGGGAUCCGGGGAUGUGGGAAACGGUCGCUGGGGUUUAUUGCCGCUACUGCGUUGAAGCGUCGCUUCAUUACGGAGGAUCACUACUUCAAGGAAGUUACUGGACUUUCGCGGCAUGAGUACCUGAAGCAAUAUGGAAGCCAGGAGUUUCAGCAGCGUGACAUUGAAGUCCUGAAGCUGAUGCUAGACAACCAUCGCUCGCGUUGUGUUAUUGAAUGCGGGCUAGGAAGCCUCACUCGUCCCGUCCAGGAAUACCUCCGACAGUACUCCCUCACGAAUCCUGUUGUGUACAUUGCGCGGGACAUGGGACCUAUCCAGAAAUUGUUGGGACUGGACGAUCAGGCCGCAAAGCUGCUGGGUGAAGGUGAUCCGCUCCACCGCAAUUGCUCAAAUUUCGAGUACUAUAACACGGAGGACCGCUCGAGCUUCGCCGCCCAGCCGGACGAAGAAGCGCAAGAUCGACGUUCAGUCGGCUACUCUUUCAAACUCAAAGAGGCAAAGGAGGAUUUUACACGUUUUGUUCGCUUUGUGACGGGUACAGACGUCGGGCAUUCUAGCUAUGACUCCCCUUUUGUGCUGCUUGAGACGCCGCCGGAGCUACGGUCCUACACCUAUGCGAUUUUCGUGCGCUCUUCAGAUUUGAUCGAUAACAGAGUAAAACUUUUGGAACUUGAGUCUGGCGGAGAUGCCAUUGAGUUGUGUGUCGAUUGCUGGAGCCCGGAAAUGGCGAUGACUGUGAGCAACCAAGUUUCUGUUCUAAGGAGAAACACCCACGCACCGAUAAUUCUGUCAGUCGAUUCCCAUGCGCUGAGAGUUACUGGCAACCAAUGCUCGGAACAGCGCCGCAAUUUAUACUCUCAGAUCGUGGAGCACUGUUUACGGCUCGCCGUUGAGUACCUGGUAGUCGACCUGGAUCAAGAUCAUGCUUUUAUUGAUGAAGUCAUCCGCAAUAGGGGCAUGACAAAAAUCAUUGGCCAGCGUAUCUUUGAGCCGUCCUCUGGUGUGGCCUGGGAUAACGAAGAAUGCCUAUCGGCUUACCUCAAUGCUGCUGGGCUAGGAUGCCAGUUAGUUCGCAUUCUACGUGUGGCAACUGAGCGAGAGGAUAACACAGCUAUUGCCAAGUUUACAAAUAAGAUUGAAAUGCUACCGGGUGACCACCCACCGAUAAUAGCCUUCAACAUCGGUAGCCUUGGGCGUACGUCUCAGGUGUUCAACUCUAUUCUCACAUCUGUCUCGCAUUCCGCGAUCGAUCGUCGCUCUCGCAAUGAGAGAGACCCGCAAAUCUUGGCCCGCGACGCUGUCCAGGCACUGUUCCAAAGUUACGUCUUGGAUCCCCUGCAAUUCUAUAUACUGGGUGGCAGCGUAGCCUACAGUCUAUCGCCCGCCAUGUACAAUGCCGCAUUCAACCAUUGUGGCAUGGAUCAUACAUACAGCAUACCAGAGAAGCCAACGCUGGCAGCACUAGACCAGCUGGGCCGGGAUCCAAACUUCGGUGGUGCCAGUAUUGUUCAACCUUGGAGGGUGCAAGUUUUCCAAAAACUCGCAGCAAAGAGCCGCCAUGCUGAAGCCAUUGGGGCAAUUAAUACAAUUAUGCCGCUCCGAGGCCAGUCGGACGGGAUUAUGUUCCCACUACAAGAGCAAGCUAGCCGUCGUCACCUGGCUGGACCUGUGCUGGGAUGGUAUGGCGAGAAUACAGACUGGGUUGGCAUUAUGACGUGCAUCAAUCGAAACCUCUCACCACGUAACGCCAUCAGUCCAUCAAGGACAACGGGCCUGGUUAUUGGAGCUGGUGGCAUGGGACGUGCCGCUAUAUAUGCUAUGCUUCGACUAGGCUGUCGAAAAAUCUUCAUCUACAAUCGGACCUUGUCCCGCGCGGAGCGCGUCGCUCGGCACUUCAAUUCAUGGGCCGCGUCUCAAGUGGGCUCGACAGAGGUGGUUUAUGUACUUCAAUCGUUGCACGAUGACUGGCCCGAUGCCUGCCCACCGUGCAUAAUUGCCUCAUGCGUCCCAGCAGACCCAGACGGAGAUGAGCCGCCGGCAAAUUUCGAGAUGCCCAUGCAAUGGUUGGGAAGCCCAACUGGCGGAGUAGUCCUUGAAUUUGCGUAUAAACCUCUGGAAACGCCACUACUCAGACAGAUGCGUCUCUUCCGCAGCGAAAUGGGGCGUCCAUGGGUGCUGGUCGAUGGCCUUGAUAAUGUUGCCGAACAGGCUAUCGCGCAGUUCGAGAUAUUGACUGGACGAAAGGCGCCGCGUCGCCUGAUGACUAUGGAGGCGCUCCGCAACUCGUUUGACGAGAAGACAAUUCGGGCCCGCUUAGGCAUCAAUGAAUAG